AUGUUGUCCACUCUUUUCCUCGCCGUUGCGGCCCCCGCAUUGGUAACCGCCUUCAACGGCGCCAACGUCCCCGUUAGCAACGACGAUAACACCCAAGAUGGCCUCAUCCGCUUCCCCCUCAAAGUCAGCACCGGCGCACCCGUCGUAAAGGGCGUCACCAAGCGACAAAACGAAGUCGCCCUAGAAAGUCAGCAGAAUGGCUUCUUCUACAGCAUUGACGUUACCCUGGGAACCCCCGGCCAAAAGGUCACCGUCAACCUCGACACCGGUUCCGCCGAGCUUUGGGUCAAUCCUGUGUGCGAAAAGGCACAGCAGCCUGCGUUUUGCGCCCAGUUUGGACAUUUUGGAGAGAGUAGCACCUUUGUCGACUUGAAUACUACCGGUGGUGUUGUCUACGGUACCGGCUAUGCGUACUGGAACUAUGGCUACGAUCAUGUUGUUGUUGGAUCUGCCAGUAUUCGCAACCAGGUUUUCGGUGUCGCAUACGAUAGCUCCUUCACUGGUGUUGGUAUCAUGGGUGCUGGCCCUGACCUGAACGGUUGGGAUGCGCCUUAUCCUCUGGUCAUUGACAGCAUGGUCAAGCAGGGUCUCAUCAAGAGCCGUGCUUUGUCGCUCGAUAUUCGCACAAUUGACAGCGACCGAGGUGCCGUUAUCUUCGGUGGUCUUGAUACCGCCAAGUACUCUGGCCGUCUCCAGAAGCUCCCCAUCAUCCCCGCUGCAUCCUCCCCCGAUGGCCUCACCCGAUACUGGGUCAACCUCGAUGGCAUUAGCCUCGUUCAAGAGGAUGGUUCCGUCGACUCUGCCUUCUCUGGAUCAACCCCCCAGCCUGUCCUCCUCGACAGUGGGUACACCGUGAGCGCCCUGCCCGGAGCCAUCUUCAACAAGAUCGUCGCCGCUUUCCCUACCGCAAAGUCCAACGGCGGCGCUUACGUCGAUGUUGACUGCUCUGUCGCCGAUAUCAAGGGUUCCGUCGACUUCAAGUUUGGUGACAAGACCAUCAAGGUCCCUUACGCCGACUUCAUCUGGCACAACGAGGAGCGCUGUGUUCUGGGUGUCUUCCAGGACGAUGACUUCCCCGUUCUUGGAGACACUUUCCUCCGCGCUGCUUACGUCGUGUACGAUUGGGACAACCGCAACGUCUGGAUCGCUAACAACGAGGACUGUGGCACCAACCUUGUUGCCAUUGGUACUGGUCCCGACUCUGUGCCUGACCUGGUUGGCCAGUGUGGUUCUGAUUCUGAGGCUACUACCACUUCUGCUUCUGAGACGGCUUCUGCUACCGAGACUGAGACCGAGUCCGAGACUGAGGCUGUCACCUCGACUGUUACCGGGGACGUCACUUCUGUUGAGACAGUUUCUGCUGAUACCACUACCGCCUACUUCCCUACCACUCGCUACUCUAACACCACGACUGCCUUCACUGGAAAGGAUACUUCUUCCACCAAGAAGUCUACUGACGGUUCAGGCGAGUCUUACGAGCUUCCCAGCUACACUGACUCUGCUGCUUCCACAACCAUCACCUCCACCGUCGUCACCAGCAAGGUCUACACCGUCACUGCAUGCCCUCCCAGUGUCACAAACUGCCCUGUCGGCCAAGUCACUACAGAGACCAUCACUUCUCUCACGACUUACUGCCCAGGCUCAGACGAUUCUUCUUCUCACCCUACCACAGUCAAGGGCGAGGGCGCUCCCCAUCCCACCGCCGUCCACCUCACUUCCUAUGUCACUGCCACAAAUGUGCACACCGUUACAUCUUGCCCCGGAGAGGGAGCCUGCCACACCAACGUCAUCACCGAGAUCGUGCACAACACACAGGCUGCCCAGCCCGAAGAACCCACUGGCAUCUUCACAAUCCCCGAAGCCAUCCAGUGUGGCGCUGGCAACUUUGGCUGCAAGGAGGCUACCACCAAGGGAUACCGCACCGUCACCAUCACUCCCGUCGUUAAAGCUCCCAAGCCCACUCCUGUUCCUGGCUACUGUGCUACUUGUGGUCCUCUCCACAAGGGUCACGGACAUGACGACAACAACGACGAGACUGCUACCGGCGGCUACACUGCCCCCGGUAAGCAGACUGGUGGCUAUGAUCUGCCUACCCAGGUUCACCCUACCCAAGAUUAUCCCAGACCUACUGGCGAUUCUCACAAGCCUAGUGGUGACUCUUCCAAGCCUAGUGGUGACUCCCCCAAGCCCAAGCCCAACCCUCUCGAGGAGCUUCACACCUACCUCCCCACAAACGUUUACCCUCAGAUCCCCUCAAGCAACACUGUUGCGACAGUUGUCAAGCCCACAGGCACACCACAAGCCGGUGGACCUUCUGAGCCCGCAGGCACUCCCCCUGUGGUCAUCAACGGUGCAUCAGGCUGGAACGUGCCUGUUGUCGCCGCUGUUGUUGGCCUUGGGAAAGAGCCUCCUCGUUUUAUCUAG